AUGUCUGAUUCAAAUACCGAAUUCCUGAUCUGUUCUGAAAGGUUCCGAUCAAAGGAAGAUGAAAUGAAAACAAGCACAUCCACUGAGCAGAAGCGGACAGAAUCGUUGGUUAAGUUCGAAGUUCAUAAUUUUCUUGCUCAUCAAGUUUCAACUCCACAAUUAUUACUGAAUCGAGUUGAACAUGUACAUUAUUUACUUCGAUCCUUGAAAGAGUUGGGAAAUUCGUAUGUGACGUUGGAUGCAAGUCGUACAUGGUUAUGCUAUUGGGCGGUUCAUGCAUUGAAUGUUUUGGAAGCUGAAAUUCCAGCAGAAUUAAAAUCAGAAAUCGUAAUAUUUUUGCGUACCUGUGAACAUCCUGAUGGUGGAUAUGGGGGCGGUCCAGGGCAAUACCCACAUCUUGCUCCGACGUACGCUGCUGUAAUGUGCCUCCUUUCAUUGAAAACCGAAGAAGCUUUACAAUCCAUUAACAGACAAAAAAUAAAAAGUUUCUUGCUAACGAUGAAACAACCGAAUGGCGGAUUCUCAAUGCACAAUGGGGGGGAAAUUGAUAUGAGAGGAGCUUAUUGUGCUCUAUCAGUUGCUGGUAUUCUUGGGAUUUUAGAUCCUGUUCUGAAAGAAGGUGCAGCAGAAUGGAUAGUAUGUUGUCAAACUUAUGAGGGUGGAUUUGGUGGCGAACCAGGAGUUGAAGCUCAUGGUGGAUACGCAUUUUGUGCUGUCGCUGCUCUUGUACUCCUAGACAAAUACCGUCUCAUGGAUGAUGACAAAUUCAUUCAUUGGCUUGCUCAUCGACAACUUAAGUAUGAAGGAGGUUUCCAGGGUCGCACAAACAAACUCGUAGACGGUUGCUACAGUUUUUGGCAAGCUGCUGCUUUUCCACUAUUGGAGAAAGAAUUAGAGCGCAACCACCGACAGGUUGAUCAAAGUUUGUUCAAUUCGCGAAUGCUGGAAGAAUAUAUCCUGGUAGGAUGUCAGGAUCCUCGUGGUGGAUUACGGGAUAAGCCUGAUAAACCAAGAGAUUUGUACCAUACGUGCUAUGUGCUCAGCGGAUACUCUGUUGCUCAAUAUUACUCCUUGAAAUCGGGGAAUAUCGUUGGAGACGGUUCCAACAAAGUUGCUCCCAUCAAUCCGCUGUUCAAUAUAACUGCAGAGUCUGAGAAGUUCGCAACAAACUUCUUUGUUUAA